GGUUCCUGUAAAAUGCCGGUGCUCGCCACACGCCAGUGCGUGGAACACAAACUCCGGCCACCUUCUCUGUAGCCCCAACGCACGUACACACUAUUACAUACAUACAUACAUACACACACACACACACCCGCUCCGAUCGAACCCAAUAUUUGUUCCAUUUAUUUUCCCUCAAAUCUAGCAAUUUCAGAGAGAGACCCUGAAGAUCUCCAAGCCCUAAGUAGGUUGUCUGUUAAGCUUCGUGGCUUAUUUGGUCCGGGUGUUUCUUUAAUGACAAGCAGCGAAUUGUGGUUAGCUGAUAUAGAAAGCCGAAAAUGGCUUCAGAGGCUCCUGUCCCAUCAAGUGAUAAUGUGGAUGUGGUGCCGGAGAAACCAGUUCCCAGCUGCAGCACUUCACGAAGCAAAAAUAAACCUGGGAAAGUUCCAAGGAAGAUUCAUAAAGCCGAGAGGGAGAAGCUGAAACGUGAUUCUUUGAAUGUCCUUUUUCUUAAACUCAGCGAUACACUAGAACCAGCUCAUCAGAACAAUGGAAAAGCCUCUGUAUUGAGUAAUGCCACUCGAAUAUUACGUGAUUUGCUCGCUCAGGUUGACUGUCUCAAAAAGGAGAACACUACUCUUUUAUCCGAAUCUCACUAUGUAGCUGCCGAGAAGCAUGAGCUGAAAGACGAGAAUUCUGCCCUUCAAGCUCAGAUUGAGGAUCUGAAAAGUGAGGUACAAGAGAGAAUAUAUUCCAAAUAUGCAUGGAAGUUAGAUCACUCACAGUCGCAACUCGAAACUGUACCACACUUACAGGAGGAUCACCACCUUGCGAUUCCUGUAGUUGAACAAGCGUCACAGCCAGCACCUGUUUUGGGUUCUGUACUCGUUGUUCCCUUAAAUCAUCAUGACCUGACAGUAUACCAUGAGCCUGAUACUUCAGAUUCCGUGUCUAAGCUUCCAACAAAUGUAAGCAGACCACAUGCUCGUUAUCCAUCGUCCUCAGAUUCUUGGCCAUCUCAAAUUCUUGCCAUACCAUCAGAUACAACUCAGACUGUCCAGCACGCAAGCUCUAGCGGAGAAGACUAAAGUUGUUGACAAUGUGUAUAGCUUGUUAUGCUGUGAGUAUUGUUUCAGCAUGCGAGAGAGAUUCACAAUGCAAAUCUGGUGGUGCAAAAUGUUGAUUUUCCAGUUAAUACACCUUUGGCCGGCUAUUUAAGCACCAUUUUAGACUUAAAACAGAUUGCUUGUAGAGACCACAUCAACUUUUGUUGGGAAAAAAUCUCAAUCUUUUCGUUGUGGGCUAUUUCUUGGUUUAUGUAUAGGGUAUCAUUUAGUUGUUGUAUGCCUCUUUUUUGUCAGGGCUUAUGGUUUUCGGUCUUUGGGCUUGGUACUGUUUCGAGUUGUUAUGGUUGAAGUGAGCGGAAUACGAUUAUUCACGACCGGCCCCUUUAUUUAAGC